AAUAAAAAUAAAUUCAAGCCGGCUGAACAACAAAGCGACUUUUUGCAGGAUUGCCAUGAAUUAGGUACUGCACAAUGGAUAUAAUAUUUUCUCAGGAUGUGCACGAUGCGCAGAAGUUCCUGGAUUGCGCGGAGAAGCUGGAGUACGACGAGUUCUCGGCGAAAAUGUUUGUAUUCAGCAAUGGACACUGCGAUGUGGAUGUGUUUGAGCUGAUGGGCAAUGACCGGUUGUCGCAGUUAAUCUACGGAUGGGAGGUGUGCCACCUGCCCACCAGGGAUUCCGAGUCCUUAAAGGACCCAGCACUGCAUCACAUUGUCCGGGUUUUGGCCCAUCACUCGCUGCAGAUGUGGUUUAGCCAGGAGUGGAGGUCCUGCUCUGAAGGUCUCAAGCACCUAUUGCUCUACAGCCUCACCAAGGCGGUGCCGGCGUUCUACCAGAUUGGUGACUUGGCCAAUAUCAACUGGUCGUACGUUCUGCAGUUCCAGACGAAGCCCUGGAGCCUCUCCUACCUGCAGCAGCUAUUCCUUAACCUUAAGGUGAACAAACAUCACGCCAUCGAGCACACGGUUACUGCGGCAUCAGGAGAAGACAUAGCUUUCCUGAUGCAGGAAGGCUUAUCCCUGGCCCUGCUGCGGCUUAUACAGCUCUUCAACGCCGGCAACUUUGAGGCCGUGAAACAGCUGGCGCUUCGGAUGCUGGCGGCUUGGCUGAAAGCCCACGAAAAUGCCCCAUUUGUGUCCUUUGAAGGGGAUAAAAACUCAAUUACACUAAUCGGUCAUCUAUAUCUCUUGACUGUAUUUGUAAGAGAUGAAAAUCGGGGCUAUGUAAUAGAUAAUUUGAUGUACAACAUACGGUUUUAUGCCCAGACGAUGCAGGAAGCUUCGAUCUUACAUGACAUUAACUUUACGCCAGCCCGACUUAUUGCCCAAGUUUGUGUGCGUCUUCGACUAGGAAAGAAUGGGUUCUUUGAGCAAAUUGGGUUUAGAAAAUUCAAGCUCAGUCUGGUCACUUCUUUUGCCGUCAUGCUGGAGGUCUACUCCAGCUAUGUGCUGGGGAAUCUCUUGAUGGAGCUUCAGGCACUCAACGAAAACGAUUUUCUGGAGCACCUGCCACAGUUCAAAGAGCUAAUGCAUCGCUAUGUAGAGGAGCGGGAGAGCAGCGAGCGCUUCCUUCUAGAGGAGCUGAAGAAGAUGGAUAACCAGCGAAACAGCCACUUUCAACCACAUGUAGUAGACCUUAAUCUCAACUACCAGCAGCAGAUAUGCAAGGGAAACCGAGCCAGCAAUAUAGGCAACUACAAAAACUGUGAUGACGACGAAAAGGUUCCACCUGAAGUGGACGAGGAACAAGAUAGGCAGAUUGAUCCGGUAUUUCAGAAUGUACCAAACAACGAGGAAGUUUUGAGCUUUGUGUACAAACUGCUGGCAGAGCGGAAUUUUUCAGGCUGGAAGUUCGCUAAGAUUGCCCUACUGCUGAAGAUCAUCGGGCAACAGUUGAAUGCAAUCGAAAUAUGGAAAUAUCAUCCUGGACUAACCGUUGAUUUUAUGCUUAACUUGGAGCAAAAGAUGUCUGCAAACUAUGCUGACCUGGCAAAAGUGUUUUCUGAUCAUGGAUUCAUGGAGGCAGAAUUCUGGCUGACUGCUUUCUACCUCCACCCCACAUCAUCCAAUUAUAACGAAGUGAGGCGCUGUUCGCGGAUCAAGAAAAAGCGACAGGAAGAGGACUGGCUUCCUGCAACAACACCUCACAACGUCAAGUACGAACUGCUGAGCUCCACCAUCGAUGUGGACGAGAUUGUGACCAUAACGAACCAUAACGCUCCAGUGGCCGACUACGAUCCUAUAUACAAGUCACUGCAGGCGUUGAGGCUUCCUCGCAGCAUGAUCAAGGACCUACUGACCGUGAUCUUUCAACCACGGAACAAACGAUACUCAUGGGCCCUCGAUUGGCACACGCUACACGAGCGUUGUCAUGCCCUACUCAAAAGCCAGGACCUGAAGAGAAAAUUUGUUUCUCUCAACAUGGCCGAGGCAGGCGACGACUUGAAGUAUCUCCAGAUCGACUAUGCCAAGUACAGGGAUCGACCACAGUUGGACUACGGAACCAUAGAAGAGGGCUACGAGAAUGCGGCAAAUCUCCCGGAGAUUGAGGAAGAAGCUGAACCCACGGCAGAAGUGGACGAUGAAGCUGAGAAAGCCAAGGAGCAGAAAAAGCGGCGACCUGCAAAACGCAAAUUUUGGGAUGAAGUGUUUUCGGAAGACGAGGAGGAGGCUGCCUCAAGCGAUUCGGAGCCCUACUACACGGGAAAUGGCCGCCGGACUCGGAUUAGAGCCGCAGCCAUGGUAGCCAAUGCCAUGUUGUCUGACAUGGAUCGAAGUGUGCGCGGUGGGCGACGAUCGAGCUCUCCAGAGACAUCGGAACACAAAUUUGAUACACAUCCCGUCCUCGAGGAGCAGCCCGAAAUCGCAGUCGAGCCUCCAAAGCAACUGUGUCAACAAGAAACCUCAGCCAGUGGCGAAAAGCGUACGAUUGGCGAUCUGAUGGAGGCACGAACCAAGUUUAGCAACGAAACCGGCGGUUUUAAGGCGUUCUCCGACAUAUGGAGUUUUGAGAAGGAAGAGCUGCAGAAUGUGGUCUGCGAGAGCCACAACCUGAUGGAGUGCAGCUCGGUCCUAAGCAAAUUCAAAAACUGGAAGACCCUCAAAAUGGCGACAGCAGCAAAGGCACCCAUGCAGCCAUGUCCACAGCCCGUGGGAAAAAUCGUUCGCUCCGGAUCGGAAACUGAAAGCGUGAACUCCGAAACUUCCACGAUGGCUACGCACGACUUCAACGAGGAGGAGGUCAGUGAAGGUUCCCCCGGUGUAAGUAAAGACCUAGCACACUCGCCGCUCAAAAAGUCUGAUUUUACCACGGACCCAGAAGUGUUGCAGCCCACAGGUGAAAUUAGGACGCAUAUGAUCCAUGAGGCCCUAGAAACUACAACGGUGUCAAAGAAGGCGACCAAGGAGCCCGUAAGAACUGGACAACAGACACAGGAGCCUCUAGGCACUGGACGGCCAGAAGAAGGGAACUUGGGAUCUGAAUACCCAUCCAGAAAGGCCAAAAAAGCAAGCCAUAUACAAGCUGUCUUGAACAAUAGGGAGCUUAAACAGGUCCCACCAACUAGACUCUUCAAAGAAGAGGGACUGGCAACCAGACAGGUGGCCGAAAAGUCAAGAGAAACUGGACAACCUAAAAACUCUUUAGAAGACGGAAAUCUGGAAAGGGAUCUGCCGAAUACUAGAAAACAAAAUGACAAGCUUAUCAACAUGGAGCGCUUAGGAAGUGCUCAGCUACCUAAUGAAAUGGCAGCGCCAACAGAAACCGGGACGGAAAGCGACACCGCGGAGGAGACACUUCUGUGGAAUGGCGGUGAUGAGAACUCGAGAAAUAAGCGCUUAAGACUUGACACAGUGAACGAUGAACCCAAUUCCAGAUCUUCUGCAAACGAUACCAUGGAAAUGGAGAGAAAUCGUCUCAUCAACGAGUGCCUGACGCGUUCUGUUCAAGUGAGCUUAACCAGGCUGACACCACAGGACAUAGAAAAACUCAGAGGACUAAGAGUUCGUGUUAAGCGAACCAACUUGGAAAAUUUCUAUCACGACCAGACGCGUCGCAGUAAAAGAAGACUCGCAGCGAAUCUGAACAGCCAGAGUCGCUCCCACACCGAAGACAGCAAUGCAUCCUCAAACAGCUACGACGACCGUAAAUAUGGUAGACGCCGCUUCAAGAAGUUUGUGCACAUCACAUCGGACUCGCCAGCUCCUUCGGAAUCGUCCACUCCAUCGCCUCGCAUGAUAGUCAAGCCGGUCUUCAAGCACAUAACUUCCGAUUCCUCAACAGAUCUCGAGGAGGUGCCCCGGUCUGCUUCUGCGAUUAGAAGACGAGGACACGUUCGAGGACGGAGCGGGCCAAAGUGUAAGACGCAGCCAACUUUGCGACUAACGCCAUCCUUUCAGCCGGAUGUGAUCGAGCUGUCCUCGGACUCCCUUUCCUCCAACUCACCAAUUCCAGCAGCUAACCACCGGAUGAAUCACUUUACUCAUGCCAUGGAAAUGGAUCCGCUUUACGAGGAGGCCAUCAUACCAUUCUAACACGCUGUUGACAAGUCGAGCCUGCUUUCGAGCCGCAGGCGAUGUUCUACGUGCCCGGAACGAAUGCCGGCGAAGGGAUGUUCGGAGGUUGCGCCGUGCAGGACGGUGGAAAAGCAGAGGGUGCAAGGAAGAUGGAGAGUAGCUGGGAAAAUCGAAUUUGCCUCGCUUGUUAGAAUGCAAUUAGCCUGAGGCACAUUCGGUAUUUGCUUUGGCUAGCAAAACGCCAAGAUUUUUAUGAAAUUAUUUACGUGUACAUCUGUUUGACCAAGUUUCCGGCUCCGGCUUUGUAUUUCGGUUUUUAUUUGGACUGUGUCGACGGCCGAAGGCCUUAAAAAAGAACUCUCAUCGAGUCCUGGCCGACUCUCAAUGGGAAAAGCAAACGCAUCCGCUCUUCAAUUAACUGCCUAAUUGAUGUGCAUUGUGGUUCUAAAGAACCAAAUUAGCUACACGCGGCGGAGUAGCUCUAUGACAAGUAUGACGACGCCAUCGACACGUGUCUGCUGGUGUGAAAUUUAGUGGCAAUAUAUAUAUGUAUAUGAAUCAGUAAGUGGUUUGAAGUGGAAAAGCCGGGCAAAGAUAUUAUUCUCGUGUAGGAGAAGUUCUUAGUAGUAUUUAGCUCUUAAUAAGUAUAUUAAUACAAAAUAGCAUUAAUACUGUUUGAAACUUUAAUAUAAAAUUAUAUAUAACUACGAAAACACGUAUUGUUUCCUGAUCUUUCAAGCAAAGUUAAUAUAAAAUAAAUAAUAUUAUAAGUAUGCCUCUUAGUAUUCGCUUAUUAACUUGGGAUUGAAAUCUAUAA